AUGAAUAGUUAUUAAUAUGACAAUGCUCUCUUUACGGUUUAAGUCGCAAGGAAGCAUUUCUUCUCCGAUAAGAUUUACUAACUUUACUUAUUUCAGGAUGAAAUCGUAAUGACUGAUGUAUGCUCCAUUUGAUAACUCUAGAAUACUUUGCGCUAACCAAAAUACACGAUUAAAUUAAAUUUGACUACGACAAUCAAUUGGAUUGUGUAGGACAACAAAAUACUAGCAUUCUCAUUUACAUAUAAAAAUACUAUCAAACCUUUUUAUGCUCCAAAGUUACAACUUUUGAAAGAAAUGAUUGCAGGCAGAGUAUUUUAUACUUCAAUCAAUGAGUUUUACCAAAUAUAAAUGGUUGUAGGUAACGGAAUGUCAGGCGAAGUAUAUUAAUCCAAUAUUUUGUUUUAGGUUUACAGAUGUGUCUCCAACGCUGGGGAAUAUUUUGCAGUUAAAAAAUGUGAAAAGAUGAAAUUAGCAUCACACGAAGGGGGAAUUGUAAUUAUAUCUUCCAUUACUCUAGCCUCAAUUAGUACAUGAACUAUCGCUUCUGCAAUCUCUCUAACAUCCCAACAUCCUCAAAUUGAAGGAAGUCUAUACUGAUGAAUCAUAUUAUUACAUUGUGACCGAAUUUAUCGAAGGCAGAGCAUUAAGCACUGAGUUACAGUCUCGACCCUAUGGGUUGAGUGUGGCUGAAACCAUCAAGAUAAUGCUCUAAAUUCUCGAUGCCCUCAUAUACAUAUCAGAACGAGGAAUUAUGCACAGAGACAUCAAUCCCCAUAACAUUAUGAAGUCAGACCCCAUCAAAUUGAUCGAUUUCGGAUUAGCUAGAAAAAUCAAAAACCAGUUGAUAUUUCCAACUUCAGGCACUCCUGGCUAUAUUGCACCUGAAAUCAUUAACUUUAACAAGGACAAACUCUACGAUGACAGAGCAGAUGUUUAUAGUUUGGGAUGUGUGCUUUACAAAUUGUAAUUACACUCUUUAUUUCUUAGGCUAACUGGAGAGAAUCUCUUUCAUAAACAAAAAAACAUCUUCUAAGAAAAUAAAGAGGGAAUCUAUGAAUUAAGAAAGAAUUAUUUGCAUCCUGAAGUCAACUCUAUCAAAAUGGAUUAGUUAUUUAUUUUAUUACCUUAUAUGUUAGAAAAUGAUCCUAAUAACAGAAUGACAGCUAAAGUAUGUAAAAUUGUUAUUUAAGAAAUUGAUAAUAACAAUCAAUAAAUUGAAAAAUUAAUCAAGAAACUUGUGAUUUUUAAAUACUUUUAACUUAGUACUGAAGAAACACAUAAUGAAAAUAAAACUCCACAUAGUAUGUCCUUUCAUAGUCAUAAGAAUAAAAAGUAAUCAAUAGACAUGCUCAAAAGAUCAGAUGACACUUCUUAAAAAGGACAUAAGAAAUAGUAAAAAACUAUGGGUAAUCUAAAUUUAAGCUUUGUUACUAAAAAAUGA